AUGCCUCUAUCACGUGUUAUUCUUCAACGUACACUUGUUCGUGGUAAACAAUGUUCAAAUAAUCAAUAUGAUACACAAAAUUCCUAUAGAGUUCAAAAUAAUUAUCAAGAUUCCUCGUUUGACACUGAUUUAUCACAAACAAAACAUCAUAAUGAACGAUUGAAACAAAAAUAUGAUAAUUCUGGAAAAUUGAUAUAUGCUUACGAAGAAACAUUAUUACCUGAAUGUCGUAUGACUGAAUAG